AUGCCGCUACGCCGUCUACGUAACGCUUUUAGCAAACCGUUUGAUAAUCUUGGGGCUUUGGACCGUCUUGUUCAGUUCUUACGUCUGGGAUCGUCAAUGAUGGUCUUGCUCUUCACGUUGAUACUUACCUUGGGAGCUUUUGUAUCCCCAAGUAGGUUAUUUAUGGGGAAAAUGAAUACAUCUUCCAUUGAUAUAGCUAAGGGACUGUUUCAAGUGCUAGAGUCGUCGGUAGAGGCAUCCACCGCCAACUACAUCAGCAACGGCGUGGGUCUCACGACAUCCGAGAUUUUGAUUCUAACAGAGUACACUGCGUAUCAAACUAGUACGUCACCACAGUAUGUGGUCAGUUCGGUUUACGGCUGGUGUCGUGUCGAUAAUCGGACAACAGCCAAGGCGGGUCCGAGGGCAGAGAAUUAUACUACAUGCGUUAACGCAGGCCCUGACUACGUGUUUGAUUACAAAGAACUCAUGAAUGAUGUAGGUCUUGGGGUGAUUUUAGAUUACGCAUACGACGCCUCCGGGGACGCUUCGCAGGCGGAGAGUUCCUACACAGAUUAUAUGUCCAGCGCAAGGAAAUUGAAAGAAAAGAAGAUCACUUUGCUCUAUGUUGUGGCCAGUUUUCAAGCAGUAAUGAUAGUAUUGACUUUGUGGUUUUACUCGGUAAAGGGACGCUCAUUAAACCAUUUCAGGGAGUCUUUUCUCAUCCACACAGUGUCGGUUCUCUCCUUGUUAAUCUGCAUAUGUGCAUUGGUUAGCGUGAUAGCAUUAGCCUCCUUUAAUCUUCAGGUGCGAUCCAGAAUACAAAACGAGCUUGGGUCGAUGGGUGUAUCAUAUCAUUUGGGCGGUGCGUGGUUCACUUCACUUUGGCUACUAGCUUUUUUCUCCUGCAUUUCGUGCGCUACUUGGUCGGGGCUAGUAUGGUGCAUCACCGAUGGUCAAGUUGCAGACGGUGAUUCCUACGAACUGGGCAUACUUGCAUCUGCUACGCAGCCUCUCCAAGAGCAAAGUGGCGAGGCGGAUCCUAGAGACCUGCCGAAGCCCCCCAUACUCAAGGAGGAUGAGGCGUCACAAAUCCAUUUUAAUGAUAUCAAUUCGUUAGAAUCACUGGAUCUGCCAGAUACACCUCUCAGCUAUGCUGGUUCUGGCUCUGGUGAGCGUGUUGUCCCGGUGUCGGCAUUUAAUUUGUGA